AUGUCGAGUUACGACAAAGUGGUCAAGAUGGCUUGUAAGCCGAAAGCAGCACCUCCAAAAGCCAAGUAUCUGGACCCAAUCAUCGCUGCAACUUGGUCGGACGACGGUGCUGUUCAUGAUGUUUGUAAGGCCUUGUCGCCGAGAUUCAGAGAACCAAACUCAGUGGUCGUGUUCAAAGCUUUGAUUGUACUGCAUACGAUGAUUCGUAACGGCGCGACGGACAAUGUUCUAUCUUAUCUAUCUUCUUCAGAGGUUCUCCGACUUCAGAAUGUAUCAGCAGGAAACUGGGAAGGCUAUGCUGCUCCUCAAAAUCUCCAAAACUACGCUGUGUAUCUCGACUCGAGAAUUCGUGCAUACCGAGAUUUGAAGCACGACGCAAUCCGAGUGCAAGCCGAGUCUAAUCGGGAUAUGCGAAACUCGGCUUCUGUGGAAGAGGAUAACUAUGCUCGGGGAAAGAAAAAGGAUAUUUCAGCUUCAGGGCCUCAACGAAGUAAGACGAUUAUGGGUAGGAAGCUGCGAGUGAUGACUGUUGAGAAGGGAUUGUUGAGGGAAACAAAGGCUGUUCAUAGGAUGAUCGAUUCCCUUGUGGAAUGCAAGUUCUACCUAGACGACUUGGAAGACGAACUCACUACUACCGCUCUACGAAUGCUUGUCAAGGAUCUUCUCAUACUCUUCCAGGCCGGGAACGAAGGUGUCAUCAACGUCCUAGAACAUUAUUUCGAGAUGUCGCAUGUUGAUGCAGAACAGGCCCUCGCUCUUUAUAGGCAUUUUUGCAAACAAACUGAAAGGGUCGUAGAGUAUCUCGGCGUAGCCAAAAAAUUGCAGAACAUUCUCAAUGUUCCGAUACCCAAUUUGAAACACGCCCCCGUUUCCCUGGCCGGUGCGCUCGAUGAAUACCUCAGUGACCCCAACUUUGAACAGAAUCGCAUCGAAUAUAAGACGAACAAGGAAGCGGCACAAAGAGGACGGGGUACUGGUUCUACAUCUAGUAAGCCUGGUAAAGCUUCCUCUCCAGCGCCACCGUUGCCUCUCAGUACCCCAUCCCAGGCCACUCCAACAACGUCACCAACACCCGCGAAUACUCAAAUGGAGCCAAAUAAGGCUGUUGCCGACUUCUUCUCAGGAAUCGAAGAGGAACAGUCAAGUCUCUUCAAUCCCCAAACCAACAGUCCAAGCACUGCUUAUUUCCAACAGCAAGGAGCUGCCAACCCAUUUACACAAAUGGGUAUGGCCCCCCAGUUUGGACAGCCUCAAAUGCAAGUUCAACCUACAGGAGUCGUUGCGCCACAACAAGUUUCCUUCCAACAAGUCCCAAAUCCGUUCGGAAUGAUGCAGCAACAAUCACAGCCUCCGUCUCACCUGCGCUUGCAACCUCAGGCCACUGGACAUCGCCCAUUCUCGUCUUUCCUUCCUCAGCAAGCUACUGGGAUGCCGCAACAACAAAACAGCUUCUUACAGCCGCAAGCAACGGGUGCGAAUCCCUUCCGUCAAAGUAUGCUAUUGCCGCAGACCACUGGGAUGGCUAUGUUUGGUGUUGGUGGUAUGCAACAACAACCCCAUCUCUUUCCACAACAGCAAUUGCAACCUGCAUCUUCCGGGACUCUGAAUGGAGCUCCUAAUGGUCUCUCAGCUGUGAAUGGUCUUCCCAGUGCACAGAGUUCAUCCUCGCUCGGAUCUUCGUCGUUUUCUUCUUCUUUUAUGUCAGCAGGCCCCUUCUCUCAGCAGUCCUCGCCUUCACCGAUAAACGUUCCUGCGCGUCCUGCAUCAACACCAUUGACAGCUUUUGGUUCGACACAAAGUUCCAGUGCCACAUCGCCACCACCAGCCCAGCCAGUCAAAACUCAUCAGACUGGAACGAGAAAUCCGUUCGGGCCUAUUUCGACUCCUCCUCCACCUGUUCCCAAACAACCCUCGCUGAUGGAAUUAGCACUGGGGAUGGGUGGUCAAAAUGGGAACAUGUCUGUCCAACAACAACAAUCAUCGCAGCAGCAGAUAGUGCAAGGUGCGCCACAACUUCCACAACAAACAGGAUUUGGAAGUUUUUCGUUCAAUCUGAGUGCGCUCAGUCCUGGGGUGUCCGACAUGUCCAGUGUUGCGUCUUCCUUUUCUUCUAGAAAACCGGAUAGCACUGCGACGUCAGGCCAAGCCUCUUCGUCUUCAGGACCUUUCAACGCCCUGAACUCCCAGAACACCUCGACGACAACGACAGGAUCCACUUUCUCCGACUCUUUAUUCUCUUCCUCCUUGUCAUCUCAACCAACAGGCGCCACGAAUUACUCUUCUCCGCCUUCCAUCUCCUUUUCCUCUGCAGCGCCGCUGAGGAGUCAGACCACUGGGUUUAAUGGACUCAAACCAUUCAAGCCAUCGUCAUCAUUCGGUGCAUCGUUGCUAGAAUCUUUGCCAUCUAUUCCAGGAUCCUCCCCUGCUACACCUGCAGUCACCGGGACUCCGUCGAUGUCGCCUCAAGGCCGCAAUACUUCCGGUUCUGCUAAUGGUCUACCCAGCGGGACUUUCGGCAGUCAACCUACAGGACUUGGUCAAUCGUCUACGCUUGGUUCAACUGGAAUAGGAUCCACCCUGGGUCAAGGCCUACGGCCACAGAUGACUGGAGGAGGGGCGAACCCUUUCCGCGCUUCUAUGUUCAGCACGAUGCCGAAUGGGGCCAAUGUGCUUUCUAUGCCUACAGGCAUCGGGGGUGUGGGUAGUACUGGAGGAAUGCCAAAUUCGACAUUGAUGGGGGGAAGUAUGUUUGGAUCGUCGUUCCAAAACGGCAAUCCUCAACAGCAGCAACAACACCACCAGCAAGGGACAUCACUUAUUUGA